CUCAGAAUGUGAACAGGCGCCGCAGGAGGAGGAUCCAACUAGAAUGUCAGCUCUGAAAAAGGUGUUGCCAAGCAUACUGCAGAAGCAUUGCUGUCUAAUACCGGACAGGAACACAGGAGUGAAGAGGUUGCUGAUGAAAUUGAAGAGCAGGGAGAUAUACUCAGACCAGCAGUAUUCAUGGUGUCCCGGGCCAUACUUCGAUGAGGACAGCGGCUCCCCUCCUCCCAGGAACAUGAAGGGUCUCUCUGGUAGUCGUCAUGCCCAGCUCCAGCUCCAGCUCAGCUCGCCCACGCCCCACACCUGCGGCCUGGCUGACUGUGACCACUCCCUGGACCACCACCUGCACCAUGGCGACUCCCGGCCCCCGUCCUACCUCCUCAGCCCCACCGAGAGCUGCCCUCUGGAUGGACACCGCCGCUGUUCCCCUCGGAGCUCCAUCCACUCCGACUGCAUGGUGAUGCCAGUGUCCAUGUCGGCCACCGACCACUCCAUUUCAAGUAGCACUUUUCCCAGAAUGCACUAUGGCAGCACUACGCGGGACGGCACCAGUAACAACAGGGAUUCUAGAGAUGAAACCGGAUCGACGCACGGGGGCAGCGGCAAAAUGAACCGAAUCCCUGCAAACCUUCUAGAUCAGUUUGAAAAGCAGAUGCCUCUACACCGUGACGGCUUCCACACUUUGCAGUACCAACGCACCUCGACCACCACCACCACCACGGAGCAGCGCAACGAAAGCCCGGGGAGAAUACGGCAUUUGGUCCAUUCUGUCCAAAAGCUUUUUACCAAAUCUCAUUCGCUGGAAGGCUCCUCCAAAAUGAAUGGCACCAAAAGUGACUCGCACCGGGACGGAUCGCAUCACCACCAUCACCACCACCACAAACACAGCAAACGCAGCAAAAGUAAAGAACGCAAGUCAGAAGGUAGUGGAAAGCAGAGGUCAGGGGGCUGGUGGAGCUCAGAUGAUAACUUAGAUAGCGAUAGCACCUAUAGGACACCCAGUAUAAUGUCUCGGCACCACGUGGACCACAUCACCCACUGCUACCCUGACUCUGUGCACGGACAUCUGGCAGGAGACAUGUCUCUGAAGAUGUCCAAAAGUAACAAUGAUGUGAAGUGUUCUGCUUGUGAGAGUAUAAACAUGGCGCCGGAGGGGAAGUUUAUGAAAAGGAGCUCCUGGUCCACACUGACGGUCAGCCAAGCCAAGGAGGCCUACAGGAAGUCCUCGCUCAACCUGGAGAAGCCCAUGACGCCCACGGACCUCAAGCCCAACCUCCGGCCCUGUCACUAUCUACAGGUUCCCCAGGAUGAGUGGGGGGGGUAUCCUGGAGGGGGUAAGGAUGACGAGAUCCCCUGUCGCCGCAUGAGGAGCAGCAGUUAUGUUAAAGCCAUGGGAGAUGAGGAGAGCGGAGAAUCUGACUCCAGCCCCAAGACCUCUCCUCAGAAGUCAGUGAGGCCGGACGCUCUGGUGAAGGCCCUCAUUAGACCUAGAGACCUACUGGACUCACAGAGUCAGAACUACCACUUGCAAACCAGAGACAUGCAUCCGAGCAUCGGCCUGGACCCUUCUACCAAUUACAACUCUCCCAAGUUUCGCUCCAGGAACCAGAGCUACAUGCGAGCAGUGAGCACACUCAGCCAGGCCAGCUGUGUCAGCCAAGUGAGUGAGACUGAGAUUAACGGACAGUUCGAAUCAGUUUGCGAGUCAGUGUUUAGUGAAGUGGAAUCCCAGGCCAUGGAGGCUCUGGACCUGCCGGGCUGCUUCCGAACGCGCAGCCACAGCUACCUGAGGGCCAUCCAGGCCGGCUACUCCCAGGAUGACGACUGCAUCCCUCCCAUAACCUCCACUGUCACCUCCACCAUCAGGUCCACCACAGCCAUCACCUACACCCCUAGCUACAAGAAGGACCCCCCUCCUGUCCCUCCGCGCACCACCUCCAAACCUCUCAUCUCCAUCACGGCCCAGAGCAGCACCGAGUCCACCCAGGACGCCUACCACGAGGGCCGCCACCUCCACACCUCCAUGUGGACCCCCGACGGCCUCACCCUGGGCCUAAGUCCUGGCAGAGCCCUGUACAACUCCACAGACAGCUUGGACAGCACCAAGGCCGUCACUUUAGCCAUGGAAGCGGCCAAGGCCAUGGCAGGGAAGAGGCACCCAUCCACAGACAGCCAUAGCUCAGUGCUCACGUGCGACAAAGCCAUCCUCGUGUCCAAGGCGGAGGAGUACCUGAAGACACCUCGCUCCUCUAUUGGCAUACAGGUGGAGGCAGCCACAGACUCGGAAUCAGAAAGCAAAGGCUCGCGGGAGUACCACUCGGUCGGCAUCCAGGUGGAGGAUGACAAGAAAGGACAGGGCCGGUUCAAGCGUUCCAACAGUGUAACAGCUGCAGUACAAGCAGACCUGGAGGUGGAGGGCUUCCCGAAUCAGGAGGACAAGGGUCUGCAGUUUGGAGGGGGCUUCCAGCGCCACUCAGAACCCAGCACGCCCACUCAGUACGGGGCAGUCCGGACAGUCCGCACCCAGGGCCUCUUCAGCUAUCGGGACGACUACCGCACCCCUGCCGAGCCCACCAGUCCCAGAGAGAGCAGCAGUGAGGCCACCUGGCAGCUGGAGCCCCCCUCCCCACGGGACAGCACCGCCUCACCCGUGGAGUCAGGUCGGGCCUCCCCAUCCCUCAGGAGAGAUGGCACCUGGUUCAUGCAGCUGCUUCACACAGAGACCAAGAGGAUGGAGGGAUGGUGUAAAGAGAUGGAAGCAGAAGCAGAGGAAAAUGAUCUGACAGAGGAGAUCCUGGGCAAGAUCCGGAGUGCAGUGGGGAGCGCUCAGCUGCUUAUGUCUCAGAAAUUCCAGCAGUUUUACUGGCUGUGUCAGCAAAAUCUGGACCCCAGUGCCAUGCCUCGGCCCACCUCUCAGGACCUGGCUGGCUUCUGGGACCUGCUGCAGCUCUCCAUCGACGACGUCACCAUGAAGUUUGACCAGCUGCAGCAGAUCAAGAACAAUAACUGGAGGCCUUUGGACAGCCCUGAGAAGAAGGUAUGGUGUCCUUCAUACAGCAAGCUGCCAGCUCCUGUACCAAAGAAGGUGGUGCGACAGCGGAGUGGCAUCGUGCGGGAGAAGUCCCUGGACCUGCCAGACCGGCACAGGCAGGAGGCACGGCGGAGGCUUAUGGCAGCCAAGAGAGCGGCCUCCUUUAGACAGAACUCAGCGUCAGAGCGGGCGGACAGCAUUGAGAUCUAUAUCCCUGAAGCUCAGACUAGACUUUGA